GCAUGCACUGUGCAGGUGCAGGGGUGCAGGUUAUGGAAUAUUUGACGUUUUGUUUACAUAUUUCGCAAACGCGAUAUAGGGCUUUAGAUUGUUUAUGUUUAUAAAUGUAAAUAAUACAAAUAUUGCACAAUGUCAAUAUCGGUGGAUAUAAAAUUGAAAAAAAAUAACAAAAUAUUUUUUGAAGGGGAAGUUGUUGCGGGAAUUGUUGAAGUUAAAUCAAAUUCUGAUAUCAAACAUGAUGGUAUUACACUCUCCAUGGAGGGCCUUGUUAAUUUGCAACUUAGUUCCAAAAAUGUUGGCAUUCUAGAAUCAUUUUACAAUUCAGUUAAACCUAUUCAAUUAAUUUUCUCUCAUAUUGAACUUGCUUCUCCUGGAAAAAUACCUGCAGGCAAGACAGAAAUUCCAUUUGAGUUUUUAUUGAAACCUUCUGGAAAAGGGAAUAAAGUAUUAUUUGAAACAUAUCAUGGGGUAUUUAUAAAUAUCACAUAUUUGCUUAAAUGUGAUCUUAAGCGAAAUAUUUUGGCCAAGGAUUUGCAGAAAGUACUGCAGUUUAUUAUUCAAUAUAAGCCAAGUCCUCCAGAACCUCCUGUACCAGUAGUGUACAAAAUAAGUCCGGAUAGUUUAUUAAAGACUUCAACUGGGCGGAAUAGAAUUAACAUUCCAAGAUUUUCGAUAUCAGGAAGAAUAGAUUCCACAGUUUGUUGUAUAACAUCACAAUUUACUGGAGAAGUUGUAGUGGAAAGUACGGAAGUGCCAAUAAAAUCAAUAGAGCUACAAUUAGUGAGAGUGGAAACAUGUGGAUGUGCUGAAGGAUAUGCUAGAGAUGCAACUGAAAUUCAAAACAUACAAAUUGGCGAUGGAAAUGUUUGUACAAACAUACCAAUUCCUAUAUAUAUGAUAUUCCCAAGGCUCUUUACUUGCCCUACCCUGGUCACCAAUAAUUUUAAAGUUGAAUUUGAAAUAAACCUUGUGAUCAUUUUCAAUGAUGAUUACUUAGUUACUGAAAAUUUUCCCAUACAACUGAAAAGAUUCAAUUAA